GAUCUGCGACGGCAGCACCGCCCCAGGUACUACGUAAUCUUCUUACUCAGUUAACUUGCUGUACUUAGUCGUAUAGUUAUUAUUUUUUACAUUAAGCAUUUUAUCUACUCAAGACACGUGGGUCACGCGAUACGUGCUUACUGGUGAUUUUUUCCCCCCGAAUCUACUAUUAGAAUACUUCCGCCUUGUUUCGACGUGUGACGGCCUGUUGCGACAAGUGUCAGGAGAUAUAAAAGGUCAACAAAACCCCGGAAACAAAUUUGUUGUCGCUCAUUAGUCGUAUCAACGUGGAAUAAGAGAAGUCCCAUCAAAGUGGCAGCCUUCUGGUCAAGUGAUGGACAAUCCUGAUGACAAUAGUAGUACAACGGGAGGGGAUGAAGGAAACUCAAGUGGAGGAUCCCCUCCAACCAAACGCAAGGGCAAGUUUGCUAAAAUGGGUCAUAUCUUCAAACCUUGGAAGUGGAGAAAGAAGAAGCCUAGUGAAAAGUUGAAAGAAAAGUGUAAUGAUUUGGAAAGAAAGAUUUCCGUACGUAAAUCAAGGGAUGAACUAAUUGCUAAGGGCCUUCUCAAGGAAGUCCCAGAGCAUGACAGUAGUAAUGCAGACCAGUCAAAGGUGAAGAAUGGACAUACCGUGCCAAUGGAUUUGUCUCAACCAGAGAGUGAGACUAGAACAAAUAUCCUGAGACUUAAUGCUGCGGAAGACCGUCGAGUCAGAGCACACUCUGAUGCCUCUCGAAGUAACCGUGCUCCUUUGGAUGUAGAUGCCCAUGUCAGACUUGCUGCUGACAUCAACAGAAGAAGCCAUCCAUCAUCAGAUGCCUCACGAUAUAAGAGGGAACGAGGAGGUCAUGAAAGAAUGGAUUGGCGUGAAGAUGGAGAGAGGGGAGAAGGUGUUGAUAAAAGCAAUGACUACAAAGAACGACGAGAGUUAAAAGAAGAAAAGACUGAAAAAGACAAGAGUAGGAGAGAUUGGAUGGGGAAAGAUUAUGAUGAAAGAGAACGUGGUGACUGGGAGCGAAGAGGGCGAGACGACAGGGAGUGGCGAGAACGAGAUCAUAGGGAAAGGCGGGAUGACCGGGCAUGGAGGGAGGUUGACAAUGGGCAGCAGAGAAAGUAUGAUCCAGAGACUGAUGUUAAGGACCAAAGAAAGAGGGACGAUCGAGAUGACCGGGACAGAAGGAAGCGUGAAGACAUUGUGGGCAUUGAAAGAGAUUUGAGGGAACGGGAUGAUAUGGAGAGGAGAGAGCUCAAUGAAACCGAGAGAAAGGAGCGUGAUGAUAUCGAGAAAAGGGAGCGCGGUGAUAGAGAAAGGACUGAGCAUGAUGACACAGAAAGAAAAGAACAUGAGGAUAGAGAGAGGAAGGAAAAGGAUGAACUGGACAGGAGGGAACGUGAUGACAGAGAAAGAAGGGAGCGUGAUGAUAGAGAGAGGAGGGAUCGGGAUGACAGAGAAAGAAGAGAGCGUGAUGAUAGAGAGAGAAGGGAUUGGGACGACAGAGAAAGAAGAGAGCGUGAUGAUAGAGAGAGAAGGGAUCGGGACGACAGAGAAAGAAGAGAGCGAGACGACAGAGAGAGGAGGGAGCGAGACGACAGAGAGAGGAGGGAGCGAGACGACAGAGAGAGGAGGGAGCGAGACGACAGAGAGAGGAGGGAGCGAGACGACAGAGAGAGGAGGGAGCGAGACGACAGUGAGAGAAGGGAGCGAGUUGACAGAGAGAGGAGGGAAUACAACAGAAGGGAGAGGCGAGAUCACAAUGACCGGGAAAGAUUUGACAACAGAGAGUCCAACCCUAGGGAACGCUGGGUACAAGAAGAAAAAGGCAGAGAUGAAAAAUAUAAAAGAGAAAUUGCAGUCCAAAUGAAGGAAAGACCAAUGUAUCAGGUCCAAACAGAGAAUGGGGCUCCAAAUAACUAUCGUAGUAAUGUGGACAAAGACGAGAAUAAGGAUGAGCCAAGAGAUACAUCAGAAGACAAAGAGGAGAAAGAAAGGGGGAAACAUUUUGACUCUGAAAGGAGGGAAGAGCUAGAAAAGAGACAUCAGCGAGGUGUUGGUGAGGUACACCGGAUUGUUAGACCUUUCUCUGACAUGGAUUUGCGACCCCGUCUGCAGAAGAGCUCGUCAGAGGAAUAUAGAAAGAGUCAACCUUCCUCUGAUCCAGCCUGGAGAACCACUUUGCCCAGGACAUCGCCAUCCUCAGAUUUCCACGGCAAUUCAGAAGCUCCUUCUCUUUCCACUAAUCCUCAACCCAACCCCAAACCAGACAUUGUUCCUUCCAAGCAAGCUCUUCUUCCACCCAAGUUUCUUACAGCCAGAUCAGAUACUCCCGGUAGUAGCUCCUCAUCAUCUGCAUCAUCAUCCUCCUCAUCCUCAUCGUCCAGCUCUGUUGCAAUAGCCAAGCCUCCAAGGACAGUGUCCUUACUUGUAGAUGAUCCAAGCAGAGUAAUUAUUCCUAACUUGCCUCCUGUCAACUGUGACAUACCACCUCCAGUGCCCCCGCAUGCAAAGCAGCCUCCUGUUCCUCCACCCAAACCCACCAACCGCCACAGUAACCUUCCUCUACUUGUUUCACCUGACCUUAGCCAAGGUGGGAGUAGUGUCACGCCAACUGCAACAAAGCGGUCUCCGCCAACUCCACCCAAGAGAAUGACCCCAGUGACUAAACGGCAUUCUAUGGACCCAUCUCAUUUGAGCGAGGCUGAAGAGCCCCACACAGCAAGAACACCAAGUCCCCCAGUUGUGCCACAAGGUGUUGAAAGUGAGCACGAGACUGUAAUGGAAGUGUCUCAAAUCGCAAUUGAAUCACCUCCAUCUCACAUCCCACCUUCGCCUCCUAGACCUAUUUCUGUCCCUUCUGGUGUCCCUCCUGCUCAAUCGGAUCCCCCAAGUCCAACCACUGAGCCCCCAACAGAGCUUCCAGCGAUCCCACUGCAUCUUCUUAUUAAGAAAGCAUUAACAAGUCCCAGCCCAGUACGACCUCAACAUGAAGGCUCCCAGAGAGCUCACUCCCUGCUCUUUGAGCAACCUCCAGACUUCCUUGAAGAUGCAUCAGUUAACACGCGAAACUCCCUGCCCAUCACCAUCGAGCCACUCAGACUUCCUGAAGAUGACGACUUCGACAUGGAGGAAGAGCUGCGAAAGCUGCAUCCACAGAGACUGCCCGGGAAGCCUCAGUUGGAGGCUCGCAGUCGGAGGGGAAUGGUGGGAGACCAUCGAGUAAAUGUCAUCCCUGAGGGCUCCUGGCAAAGUGAGGAGUCUGACUCAGAUGGUCCCAUCCCGUAUAGAGAUAUGGAGGAUGACAACGACGACGACGAUGAUGAUGAUGACGACGAUGAUGAGGAACAGGGGACUCCAAGUGGAUUGGCAUCGCGAGUGAAGAGAAAAGACACACUGGCUUUAAAGCUGGAGAGACGGGGCAGGCUAGAGAGGGAGCAAGGUGAUGCUCAGGAGACUGAUGACGGAAUGACUUGGCACAGCAAAGAUCAGUGGGUAGCAGUCAGGAACAAGAUUGGAACGACGCUAACACGGCGUUUGAGUCAGAGACCCACAGCAGAAGAACUGGAGCAGAGAAACAUUCUUCCGGCUAAGAAUGAAGAGGCACGACGUUUGGAGCGAUGUGAGAUCAAACGCAGGCUCACCAGAAAGCUGUCACAGCGACCCACUGUGGCUGAGCUCCAAGCUAGGAAGAUCCUGCGCUUCCAUGAGUACGUAGAGAGCACCCAUGCACAUGACUAUGAUCGACGAGCAGACAAACCCUGGACCAAGCUCACACCUGCUGACAAAGCUGCUAUUCGCAAGGAGCUAAAUGAAUUCAAGAGCUCGGAGAUGGAGGUUCAUAAAGACAGCAGGAUCUAUACUAGGUUCCAUCGGCCGUAGUAUUUUACACUGAUGUGUCAGGUACUUCACUGGACAUUAAUAUGUUAAGUUUAAGCCUUGACUCUGCCUUCUUGCUUUAUAAAUGGUUCGCACCAACAAAACUACUGACAGACUGGAAACACAUGCAAUUUGUUUUUAACAAUCCUGUUUUUUCUUUGGAGUGAAUUGUUUUAGACUGUCAUGUAAAUAGCAUUUUAACACUUUGUGACCAAAAAUGACAUUGAAAUUGACAAAUAUGGACAUAUAAAGUUCUCAGAAUAUAUUAGCAAAUUGUUGUAUUGCGACAGAUGUGUUUUUGUAAAUCGUCAGAUGGAAAAAUUAUGUUUGCAAAUUUCCACACUAGACUUUUAGACAUAAACGGUACAUUUCUGUUGAUUGUAAAAUGUACAUUCUCAACUUAGCUUUUAGAUGGUCUUGACAAAACAUUUUCAUUUUCUUGUAAACAACAAAAAGUGUAAUAUUCUAAAAUAUGAGUUGAUUCUGCCAAAUUCUGUUCAUUCACCUAAACAUCACCUUUUCCCUUAAUCUGCACUGUAUAUACGUUUAAUAUUUGAUAAUGAUGUUGAUAAAUGAUUGUGUUUUCCAGUAAAAAGUGCAUAUAUUUUCCUGAUCUUUGAUAUAUCUUUAUACUGCAUUUGUAGGUUGUAGAGUUGAAUCUGUUUGUAUUGCUGUAAUUAUCAGUUGAUGAAACUGUGACAUAUUUCACAAACAUGGAAUAGUGCUGUAAAAUAUUUUUAAAAAUAGAAGUGCAAUUGGUUGUGCAAUCUGAAUAAAAUAAUUUCCAUCUGAA